GCUCGCACAGAGCGAAACCCCUAGAAUCUCUCCCAAUGAACCGGUGCUCUCUAUUCUUCUCUUAGCAGCUAUCGCCUGAGUAUAGAGCCCCGAAACACCUUGAAAGCGGACCGCCGUCCACUGCAGGGCUUCGAACGUCGAACCCCCGCUUCGCCGCUGCGCUAUCACGCCAUCGCCGGUGUGUCCUGUCACAGCGCAGUGCCUGAAUCGGAGCUGAUCAUAGCGCAGCGGUGCAGCGGUGCCGCGACGUCGCUAAGCCCCCGCGUCGCGCAUAUUUAAAACUUCGACGUAUCGCCGCCUCGACACAUCGACACACCGACACGUCGACGCAGAUUCAGCCCACCCCACACCCACUACACACCCACUAAGCGCAUACCCCUCAAACCGCUAUCAUGUCUGAGGACAGCUACACGCUCAAUGAGCUCGUCGCCUAUGGCAAAAAGAACUUCCGCACCGAGUACGCGGCCGUCGCUAACACUGCGCUGUACAACAUGCAGAGCCGCGACAUCGAGGACACGGACGGCGACACGGACACGACCGAUGUGCUUCUCGUCGGCUUCUUCAACAACAAGUCGUCUAACAAGCAGCUAUGGGCCGUCUACGUCAAGGAUAAGGCGGGGCAAGGCGGGAUCAUCUUGUAUCAAGGCAAGGUUGGGGAGCGCUUGAAGGAGGUCCCGGAGCGGCAGAAGGGCAAUAUCCGUCUUGACGAGCCGUUUCUGAGCAUCCACGGCAAGCAUCAGACUAAGGAGAAGCGCGAGGCGGGGCUGGAGCGGCUCGGGGUGUUUGUCGAAUUUGUGAGCAUGUUGAUGGGGAAGGUCGACGUUCUGAAGGUAUCGACCAAGAACCCACUGGAGCUGUUCCAGAAGGCCUGCAAACUCGCUGCUCGCGGAGUCCAGAAUAUGAACACCGCCGGUGGGGAGCGGAGUACCGGCUCGGGGGCGGAGACGGCGGCAAACGGAGGACGUGAUGUGUCUGCCGUGGCCCGAAAGCGCAAGCGCGCCCAGGGAGAUGAUGGAGAGGCCCCCGAGGCAGGCGGACAGGGCCUGCGGCGCAAGUUCCCAAACCUUCCCCUUCCCCGGAAGACGAGGAGCACCCAGACCGACGAGCCAUCUCAGGCCGUCCAGCCAUCCCAGGUCAUCCCCUCCUCUCAAGGCACCGGCUUGAUCGCCGCGGUUCAGACCUACAUCAACGGCCUUGAGCUUGAUCUAGUCGCUGCGAAGCAGGAUGCGAACGAUUGGAAGAGCAAGUACGAGGAGCUCGAGAAGAACGCGGCGAAUGGGGGCGCUGAGGCCGAGGAGCUGAGGAAGCGGCUGGACGAGGCGAACGCGAGAAUCGCAUCAUGGACGGAGACGAUGCAGGGUCUUUUGGACUAGGAAGUAGGGCUUGUCG